UAUAGCAAAUUAGCAAGCCAUCUCAUGCAGUAAGCAAUACCCAAAAGAGUGCUUAGUCGUCAGAUUACUUCCAACUUAAUUUUACUUCAUCCGAGAAUUUUUAGUCAUGGCAACAAAACCUGUAAAGCUUCUAGGUUUCUGGGAUAGCCCAUACGUGAAUCGUGUUCAAUUUGCACUCAACCUCAAGUCCAUUGACCAUGAAUUCAUAGAAGAGAAUAUUCUGAGCAAAAGCGAGCUCCUCCUUAGAUCCAAUCCUGUCCAGAAGAAAAUACCAGUCCUUAUCCAUGGUGAUGAGCCUAUAUGUGAAUCUCUUCACAUUGUACAGUACAUUGAUGAGGUGUGGACAGAUGGUCCUUCUAUCCUUCCUUCUCAUCCCCGUGAUCGUGCUAUGUCCCGUUUUUGGGCUGCUUACAUUGAUGAAAAGUGGCUUCCUCUGCUUUGGGAAGUAUAUGAGGCCAAAGAGGAGGACUCGAGGACAACCCUGCUAGAAAAAGUGCGUGAAGGUCUAGUAUUGUUGGAGGCUGCUUUCGUAAAGUGUAGCAAAGGGAAAGCUUUCUUUGGCGGAGAUAGCAUAGGUUACCUGGAUAUAGCUCUAGGCGGCUGCUUGGGAUGGCUAAAAGGAAUAGAAAAAUUGGCCUCUGUGAAACUGCUCGAUGAAACCAAGACACCAGCUCUUUUGGGGUGGGCUGAGACUUUCUGCUCAAACGAAGCUGCUAAGAAUGUCGUGCCAGAGCCUGAGAAGUUGAACAAAUGUCUCAAGGAGUUCCAAGCUCAGGCAGCAGCUGCAACCAAGUGAACAAAGAUGCAUAUAUUUCAUUAAUUAGUUUUGUGGCAAAGAAUUCUUGUUUAUCGUUUUUGUUUGUUAAUCCACAGCCAAAAAAAAAAUAAAAAAAAAAAAAAAUUCCGUCGCUGCUUCUUAAAUUCCAUCCUCCCCUAUUUAUUAUUAUUUUUUUUUUGAAAACUGCAGUGUGGGAGUCCUUUGGUGUGGGAGUCCUUUUAAUUGU